UGUUUUGUUUUGUUUUUUUAAGGGUUAGAGAGGAAACUACUUUGUGUUUUUUGGCCUUUUCCACAGUAUGGCUGGUUUUGGUUCUUUUAUUAGACUUCUAUAGGAUAACAGCAUACAAGUUAAUUAAAGGGACUAGGGGCCUGGGUUAGAAGAAUGGAUCACCGUCCAAAAAGCUGCAAGUGGGAAGUGACCCGCUUUGCUUUCCCCUGAAAAAACGAUUGUUCCAGCGGCAGAGCCAGCUGGCAGCUGUGCAGACGGGAGAGCAGACACCCGAGGAGGUGCCUUGGCUUGGCUUCCUGUCUCAUCUCUGUGUCCUUGGGAUCACUCUGGGGGAACUCGCAGUCAGUGAGAUGCCAGACCAGUUUGAUCAGGCGGUGGUGUUAAACCAGCUGCGCUACUCUGGGAUGCUGGAGACCGUGAGGAUUCGAAAAGCAGGAUAUGCUGUCCGGAGACCCUUUCAGGAUUUUUACAAAAGAUACAAAGUGCUGAUGCGGAGCCUGGCCCUGCCUGAGGACAUCCGAGGGAAGUGCACUGUGCUACUGCAGCUCCACGAUGCCUCCAACAGCGAGUGGCAACUGGGGAAGACCAAGGUCUUCCUUCGGGAAUCCUUGGAGCAGAAACUGGAGAAAAGGCGGGAAGAGGAGAUUAACCGUGCAGCCAUGGUGAUCCGAGCGCACAUCUUGGGCUACUUGGCGCGGAAACAAUAUAGAAAGGUCCUCUGCAGUGUGGUGACGAUACAGAAGAACUACAGAGCCUUCCUCAUGAGGAAGCGAUUUUUACUCUUGAGAAAGGCAGCCAUCGUCUUCCAGAAGCAACUCAGAGGACAGCUGGCUCGCCGGGUUUACAGACAGCUGCUGGCUGAGAAGCAGGAGCAGGAGGAAAGGAAGAGGCAGGAGGAAGAGAAGAAGCGAGAGGAAGAAAAAAGAGAGCGAGAGAGAGCACAAAGAGAAGCUGAGCUCCUCCGCGCCCAGCAGGAGGAGGAAGCGAGGAGGCAGCAAGAACUUGAAGCCUUGCAGAAGAGCCAGAGGGAAGCGGAGCUGACCCGGGAGCUGGAAAAGCAGAGGGAGAACAAGCAGGUGGAGGAGAUCCUCCGUCUGGAGAAGGAAAUCGAGGACCUCCAGCGCAUGAAAGAGCAGCAGGAGCUGUCCUUGACCGAGGCCUCCCUGCAGAAGCUGCAGCAGCUGCGGGAUGAGGAACUGCGGAGGCUGGAGGACGAGGCCUGCCGUGCCGCCCAGGAGUUCCUGGAGUCCCUCAACUUCGACGAGAUCGACGAGUGUGUCCGCAACAUUGAGCGCUCCCUGUCCGUGGGCAGCGAGAUUUCAGGCGAGCUCAAUGAACUCGCGGAGACGGCCAGCGGGGAGAAGCCAAACUUCAACUUCAGCCAGCCCUACCCCGAGGAGGAGGUGGACGAAGGUUUCGAGGCUGACGACGAUGCCUUCAAGGACUCGCCCAACCCCAGUGAGCAUGGCCACUCUGACCAGCGAACCAGCGGCAUCCGGACCAGUGACGACUCCUCGGAGGAGGACCCUUACAUGAACUACACGGUGGUGCCCACCAGCCCCAGUGCCGACAGCACGGUGCUGCUCGCUCCGUCCGUGCAGGACUCUGCCAGCCUGCACAACUCCUCCAGUGGGGAGUCUACCUACUGUAUGCCCCAAAACAACGGGGACCUGCCCUCCCCCGAUGGCGACUCCGACUACGAGCAGGACGAUUACGAGGACGGGGCCAUCACCUCGGGCAGCAGCGUCACUUUCUCCAACUCCUAUGGGAGCCAGUGGUCCCCAGACUACAGGUAUUCUGUGGGCACCUACAACAGUUCUGGAGCGUACCGGUUCAGCUCGGAAGGGGCCCAGUCCUCGUUCGAAGACAGCGAAGAGGACUUUGACUCCAGGUUCGACACGGACGACGAGCUGUCCUACCGACGAGACUCUGUGUACAGCUGCGUCACUCUGCCCUAUUUCCACAGCUUUCUGUACAUGAAAGGUGGCUUAAUGAACUCCUGGAAGCGCCGCUGGUGUGUCCUCAAGGAUGAGACCUUCCUGUGGUUCCGCUCCAAGCAGGAGGCCCUCAAGCAAGGCUGGCUACACAAGAAAGGUGGAGGCUCCUCCACGCUGUCCAGGAGGAACUGGAAGCGGCGCUGGUUUGUCCUGCGCCAGUCCAAGCUGAUGUACUUUGAAAACGACAGCGAGGAGAAGCUCAAGGGCACUGUGGAAGUCCGGACAGCCAAGGAGAUCAUAGACAACACAAGCAAAGAGAACGGCAUCGACAUCAUCAUGGCUGACAGGACCUUCCAUCUCAUCGCAGAAUCCCCUGAAGAUGCCAGCCAGUGGUUCAGCGUGCUUAGUCAGGUCCACUCAUCCACAGACCAGGAGAUCAGAGAGAUGCAUGAUGAGCAGGCGAACCCCCAGAAUGCUGUGGGCACACUGGAUGUGGGGCUGAUUGAUUCUGUGUGCGCCUCGGACAGCCCUGAUAGGCCCAACUCAUUUGUGAUCAUUACUGCCAACCGGGUGCUGCACUGCAACGCGGACACGCCGGAGGAGAUGCACCACUGGAUAACGCUGCUGCAGAGGUCCAAGGGCGACACCAGGGUGGAGGGCCAGGAGUUCAUCGUGAGAGGGUGGCUGCACAAGGAAGUGAAGAACAGUCCGAAGAUGUCCUCUCUGAAGCUGAAGAAGCGCUGGUUCGUCCUAACCCACAAUUCCCUGGAUUACUACAAGAGCUCGGAGAAGAACGCCCUGAAACUGGGCACCCUGGUCCUCAACAGCCUGUGCUCUGUUGUGCCCCCUGACGAGAAGAUAUUCAAGGAGACAGGCUACUGGAAUGUCACCGUGUAUGGGCGCAAACACUGUUACCGGCUCUACACCAAACUACUCAAUGAGGCCACUCGGUGGUCCAGUGCCAUUCAAAAUGUGACUGAUACCAAGGCUCCAAUCGACACCCCCACCCAGCAGCUGAUCCAAGAUAUUAAGGAGAACUGCCUGAACUCCGACGUGGUGGAGCAGAUUUACAAGCGGAACCCGAUCCUUCGAUACACGCAUCACCCCCUGCACUCGCCGCUCCUGCCUCUCCCCUACGGGGACAUAAAUCUCAACUUGCUCAAAGACAAAGGCUACACAACCCUCCAGGAUGAAGCUAUCAAGAUAUUCAAUUCACUCCAGCAACUGGAGUCCAUGUCCGACCCCAUCCCCAUCAUCCAGGGCAUCCUGCAGACAGGCCACGACCUGCGGCCUCUGCGGGAUGAACUGUACUGUCAGCUCAUCAAGCAGACCAAUAAGGUGCCCCACCCUGGCAGUGUGGGCAACCUGUACAGCUGGCAGAUUCUGACGUGCCUCAGCUGUACCUUCCUGCCGAGCCGAGGAAUCCUCAAGUACCUCAAGUUCCACCUGAAAAGGAUACGGGAACAGUUCCCAGGAACCGAGAUGGAAAAGUAUGCCCUCUUUAUCUACGAAUCUCUUAAGAAAACCAAAUGCAGAGAGUUUGUGCCUUCCCGAGAUGAAAUUGAAGCUCUGAUCCACCGUCAGGAGAUGACGUCCACGGUGUACUGCCAUGGCGGAGGGUCCUGCAAGAUCACCAUCAACUCACACACCACAGCUGGGGAGGUGGUGGAGAAGCUGAUCCGGGGCCUCGCCAUGGAGGACAGUAGGAACAUGUUUGCCUUGUUUGAGUACAAUGGUCUCGUGGACAAGGCCAUUGAAAGCCGGACCAUUGUAGCCGAUGUCCUGGCCAAGUUUGAGAAGCUCGCAGCCACGUCAGAAGCUGGGGACACGCCAUGGAAAUUUUACUUCAAACUUUAUUGCUUCCUGGACACCGACAGCGUGCCAAAAGACAGCGUGGAGUUUGCGUUUAUGUUUGAACAGGCCCAUGAAGCCGUCAUCCAUGGCCACCACCCAGCCCCUGAAGAGAAUCUGCAAGUUCUGGCUGCCUUGAGACUGCAGUACCUGCAGGGGGAUUAUACCCUGCACACCUCAGUCCCACCCCUAGAGGAGGUUUACUCCCUGCAGAGACUCAAAGCUCGCAUCAGUCAGUCGACCAAAACCUUCACCCCGUAUGAACGCCUGGAGAAGAGGCGGACCAGCUUCCUGGAGGGGACGCUGAGGCGCAGCUUCCGGACCGGGGCCGUGGUUCGGCAGAAAGCAGAGGAGGAGCAGAUGCUGGACAUGUGGAUUAAGGAAGAAGUCUGCUCGGCUCGAGCCAGUAUCAUUGACAAGUGGAAGAAGCUGCAGGGAAUGAACCAGGAGCAAGCCAUGGCCAAGUAUAUGGCCUUGAUCAAGGAGUGGCCUGGCUACGGAUCCACGCUCUUUGAUGUGGAGUGCAAGGAAGGCGGCUUCCCCCAGGAACUCUGGCUGGGCGUCAGUGCGGAUGCCGUGUCGGUGUACAAGCGUGGAGAGGGCAAACCAUUAGAAGUCUUCCAGUAUGAGCACAUCCUCUCUUUCGGGGCACCCCUGGCCAACACGUACAAGAUCGUGGUUGAUGAACGGGAGCUGCUCUUUGAAACAAGUGAGGUGGUGGAUGUGGCCAAGCUCAUGAAAGCCUACAUCAGCAUGAUUGUGAAGAAGCGCUAUAGCACCACACGCUCCGUGAGCAGCCAGGGCAGCUCCAGGUGAAGACAAGCAAGCCCAUGUCAUUUUCAGAUCUAAAUGUGCCCAGGCCAGCGCCAGGUCCUGACCCAGCUUUGGAAACACAGCUGCCCAGGCCUUCCGAAACCAGUCGUCAGAGGGAGGAGUUUCCGGGACUCCUUUCCCCCCAAUCCACUUCAGUGAUCACGUAUUAAGCUGUCAACCUUAACCGUCUGCACAAUUUCUAAAGCUUUAGUACUCAUAGAUACUUGCCUUAAAAAAAGAAAGGGGAGAAAACCAUGCUGCCACCAAAGCAGCCAGAAGUGCCUUAACUUGCAGAAUCAACCCUAAUCGACCUUAACUGUGCUACUGAGGGAAUGCACUUUCCCCUUCUGGGAGAAUCUGCAGAGCUUGAAUUGUGCACUAACCUCCCCGCCUGAUUUCCCGACUUUGAGGGAAGGUGAGGGAGCCGGGAGGGGAGACAGAGCGGAAGGGGACAGUGUGGUAGUCGGAGCGCUGCUGGCAGCCUUCCUCAUGGACGGGUAUUAACAGUUUGCUUUGUUUCAUUUAAACGUCUGUGCUUGCCCGAGCAUGUGUUCAUACACUCAACACUUUAAUCGUUGUUGCGUGCGCAUUAAACACAAAGGGAAGAGGAUGUGCAAUGGUGUAAACAGUCUGUCUGUAUAUUUUCAUAGUUCAGAGUUAUAGGCUCCAAGGUGGUUUUACUAACACAUCAGGACCCUGGAUGUUCCUGUCUUUGCUGUAUUUUGGAAAGAGACAUUUUGACUCGGUUUCAUUUUACAUGUACCAAGGGCUGCGACCUGUGACUGCUGUAUCCCAGCAGGUCUGUGGCCCGUGGAGAUAAUUUAUAAACCACUCUUAAACUGCUGGCCCCAGUGCUGUUUGUAGAACAAUAUGAAGUCACUUUGGAGUCGUUUAUUUCUAAAAGUUAAGUUAAUUCUGUUGUUGUCUCCUCUGAAGGGUAGUUUUGUAUCAUCUCUCUGGACAUCAUAGCCAUGUUGAAAAUGGGGAGAGCUGCUGCCUUCCCAAACCCUGUAACCCCCCAAGCAGACCUCUAAAGGACUCUGAAUGCUGAGGCCAAGGCGUCAAUGAAAUUUACCCGUUCUUUCGUCCCUAGCUCACGAUGGUGGCCUGAACAUGGCACCUGUAAAUAACAGCGUUUAUGACCAGAAGAAGAAGAAUCUGGACUUGGACUUUUAUUUUUAUAUGGAAAUAUUAUAAAGGUGGGCCAGAUGAGUCUACUCACAAAGAAAAGUUUAAUUUGCCUUAUCCCUGUGGACAGCUAUAUGAAAGUGGUGUUUGUUGACUCACAAAGUCUGACAAUAAAAGAUAUU